GGGGCAGGUUUAGCUCACUAUUUGCUCGAUGGUAGCCGCGAUCGUCGUGUAAGUUUUGUGAAUUCGGUACCUUGAUCGGUCUUUACGGUGAUUAUUGUGAGCGAAACACAUUGAUUGCUCUGUGAAGCGUACGCGACAAAGGUGAAAGGUGUUGAUGUAAAAAGUUACAAGAAGAAGCGAACGAAAACGAAAGAAAAUGUUGACCCUUUGCCGUCAAGUCUUAAUCGCCAACAGUCAAAAAGUCAGUACAAGAUGUUUGGGAACAAUAGUACCAGUACCAAAUCUUCCUGAAUUUCCUCUGGAAAAUGAACCUGUCCUUAGUUACAAAAAAGGUAGCCCUGAGAGGGCUGCAUUGGAGAAGACCUUGGAUAAAAUGUCUAAAGAAUGCGAAGAAGUACCAUUGGUUAUCGGAGAUGAGGAAAUUAAAACUGAUUUAUGUAGAUAUCAAGUAAUGCCGCAUAAUCACAAAGCCAAAAUUGCAAAGUAUUACUGGGCAACGCCUAGUCUAGUCAAAAAGGCAAUAGACGUUGCUGUGAAGGCACAGCGGGAAUGGGAAAAAUGUCCAUUUGAAAAGCGGUUGGAUAUUUGGUUAAGGGCAGCCGACCUUAUGGCAAAUAAAUAUAGGCAAGAAUUGAAUGCUGCCACCAUGCUUGGUCAAAGCAAAACAGUUAUUCAAGCAGAGAUUGAUAGCGCAGCAGAAUUAAUUGAUUUCUUCAGAAUGCAUGGAUAUUUUGCUAAAGAGGCUCUAAAAUAUAAACCGAUUUCACCCAAUAGUAAAGAAACUUUAAACUCGAUGAGGUAUCGCGGAAUGGAUGGUUUUGUUGCAGCAGUAUCACCAUUCAAUUUUACUGCUAUUGGUGGUAAUCUUAGUUACACGCCUGCUCUAAUGGGCAACGCAGUUCUUUGGAAACCAUCAGAUACAGCUCUACUUUCUAACUGGUGGAUCUUCAAGAUAUGUAAAGAAGCGGGUGUACCACCGGGCGUAGUAAAUUUUAUCCCAUGCGAUGGUCCUGUUUUCGGCGACAAUAUAACUGCUUCGCCUUAUUUAUCUGGAAUUAACUUUACUGGAUCAGUGCCGACAUUUAAUCGUUUGUGGAUGCAAGUUGGUCAAAAUUUGGGAAAAUAUAAAAACUAUCCUAAAUUGAUAGGUGAAUGUGGCGGCAAAAAUUUCCAUUUUAUACAUCCUACUGCUGAUGUGGAAUCAGUUGUCACAGGGACCAUAAAAAGCUGUUUUGAAUACAAUGGUCAAAAAUGUUCAGCUUGCAGUAGAGUGUAUGUUCCAGAGUCUUUAUGGUCUAAGAUAAAAGAGGGUCUUUUAUCGAUUCGUGACAAACUUAAGAUUGGCGAUGUCAGAGACUUCACUAUGUUCACUGGAGCGGUUAUAGAUGCUGCUGCAUUUAAAAGAAUUACCGGAUAUAUCGAACAUGCCAAAAAAACACCACACUUAGAAAUUAUCGGUGGUGGCAAAUACGAUGAUUCACACGGAUACUUCAUUGAUCCGACAAUAGUAGUAACAAAAGAUCCAAAAGAUAAGAUAAUGACGGAAGAAAUAUUUGGACCUGUGUUAACAAUUUAUGUUUAUAACGAUUCAAAACUCGAAGAAACAAUGAAAUUAGUAGAAUCUACGACACCUUACGCUUUAACUGGAUCGAUAUUUGCACAAGACGAGAGCUGGGCGAGGAGAGCACUCGAGGAAUUCAAGUACACAGCUGGUAACUUUUAUGUCAAUGACAAAUCGACUGGGUCUGUUGUUGGUCAGCAACCGUUCGGUGGUAGUCGAAUGUCUGGUACAAACGACAAAGCUGGUGGUCCUCAUUACGCUCUUCGCUGGGCGUCGCCACAAUCUAUUAAAGAAACAUUCGUCCCUUUGCGUGAAUACGAUUACGAAUAUAUGAGGUCUUAGGUGUAAGUAUUUGUUAACAGCCUGCAGUAAUUAAAUGAACCGGUAUAUACUGUACAGCAGUAUCUUUUCUUACAAAUCGAGAAAUGCUGAUGGCUAUAGAUGAUUCGAUAAAAAUGAGGAAGUAUCUUUUUGCAUUUCUUUUUACGUGUAUUCAUCGAAUUCGCGUAUACGUGGCGCUAUUUGCACUUACGAUGCAAGAAUCUCGCGCUUUGUAGAAAUUUAUACUAUAAAGCAAAAUGCUUAUACACAUGGUCACUCGCGAUAAAGACAGUCGAUUCACAAAAAGAGUAUUUAGCGAUUGGUAACACGGGUACCAAUUGAUUAGAACAUUUUUUGUGUUAUCGUUUGAUCGAUUACUUUGCUGCCAAUACGAAGGAUAUGAACAGCUGCGAGACAGAUACGACUUGUAAACCAUGUGGGAAGCCGUUAGACUAGGUGCGCAUUGAGUGCAGAGCGAUGUAACGUAGCGCAACAUUUGGUAAAAAGUUACAUAUCGCACAUCGUCGCGCUAAAAAUUCUGUACUACGUUACCUCGUUCUGUGCGUAAUGAUUGCCUAAACUUACGGAAGCUCACUUUAAUAUUUGCUGCCUCUAGAUGAAAAUAACGUUACGCGACUUGCAGCGUGUAGAGUCAAUACUAUUAAGAUCAAUUUUCAGUACAAUAAUAUUUUAAUAUCUCAGGAAUAUAUGUGUACAUGGUCGCAGACAAAGAAGCAUUUCAUUUGGUCGUGCAUUGAAACGAUGCAUGAACUUUUAUAAAAGUAUUAGUCAAACACGAGUGUCGUUAAUAAAUUGUAAAAGAUGAUUAACAAACACAAUAUCUGAGGUGUAUUUGGAGAUUGUGAUGAAUGCGUACUAGUUAGAAAAAAAAAAGAAAACAUCUGCUGUGUUUUUCUGACCUCACCCUUUUUAUAUUCUUCUUACAUGGAUCGUUUACAUAUGACCGAUGUUACGUUGUGAACGCGCAGCCCGAUUUCAUUUUACUGUGUAAUUCAUGAGACAAUAUAUAGAAGCGGGACGAACACAGUAAAAUGCAGAAGUUACCCUUAAAUUAUGUUGUCACACCCGUUCGUCGAUCGUUCGGGGAAUGUUAUUGUUGACAGUGUGAUUGAGACAGAGUCUUGCAAGUCGAACGGUGAUUACUAAUUAAAUAUACAAUAAUAUGUUAGAUGUUGUGGCUGAUGUUAUAAUGUAAUUUAUUUUAAGUGUACCAUAGCAAUAAAACAUUAUACAAUAGA